AUGGCCUUGGCUAUAACCCCGCAGCUACAGGCCGGCCACCCAGCAGGCCACCUAGCAGGCCACCUAGCAGGCCACCUAGCAGGCCACCUAGCAGGCUACCCAGCAGGCCACCCUGGCAUUCUCAAGGCGUGGGCCAGCCGCUCUCGCGCGACACCGUCCAAGGCCGUGCAAGCGAAGCUGCUAGACGCUGCUGCAGACAAGAGCCAACAAGUUUCGACGAUUGUUAACUCCUCGGACGCGGCGACGGCCAAGAGGCAACUGGACGCGACACCCGAGAGCGAUCCGUUGCCGGCCAAGAGGGCCCGGUGGACGCCAACCGACGCACAAGAGCCUGUUUUCAAGCAGACGGACAAAACGACUCUGCAACAGCUAGAGCCUAGGCGGCCAUACGCCUCAUUCCUUAACGACUUGGUCGACCUAGUCCACCAGCACCCCCGUCCACAGUCUCUUUACACCUUUGUAUCCGACUGGCUCGAACGACGACCCUGUUUCGAGGCAGCUCACGAGAUCGGCGCCCUAGAUGGCUUACACACGAGAUGCCCAUGGUUUUGCGGUGCCGCCGACGCCGUCUUUUAUUGGAUCUCGCUCGUCCCGAACCGAUCCGGACGAAGACCAACAACCUACGAUUUAAUCAUAUUCAUGUUCGACACGCUACUUCUCCGCUACCGGUCAUCGUAUCCGAACACAUCGAUUCACUUGGCGCUCAGCGGGACUCCCCUGGGCUCUCAGGGAUGUGAUGAGGACCAGGUCACCAAGUUCCUUGAUGAUACAAUAUUCCCCGAUCCCGAAGUCGACACCACAUAUGGGACUGCGGGAUUGCCAGACAAGCUCUAUGGAUACUCGGAGAGGACCAUGGGAGGGGCUUUUACCCAACCGCGGCUCCUGGCCCAGACCGUACUCGAUUCACGAAACCCGGACUAUCCGACUGCCACGUCGCGAGGCCUCCGGUUUCCCUUCUUCGCCAUAGAGUUUAAGGCCGCCGGAGGUACGCGAGGUGAACUCUGGGUCGCCACAAAUCAAUGUGCGGGUGCUUCAUCAGCAUGCCUCAACGCUGUCAGCCAACUCAACACGGCACUUCAAACGUGUCAAAGCACACAAUGCGUCGACGACUUAUCCUACUGCAUUUCUGUAGACAACAAAUUGGCCGAAUUGUACAUCUCAUGGAAAGAAGACAAUCUGAGCUAUUACCUUCAGCAGGUUGACACCUUCGUCCUCUCACGCCCCGAAGAGUUCAAGACCUUUCGCAGUCAUGUGCGAAACAUUCUUGAUUGGGGAAAGGACGCGCGCCUGAAGCAGAUUAGGAACGCCUUGGAUAUCCUGUGGAAAGAGGCGCCAAUCCUCAUGGCGCGGAAACAGCGGCAGAUCCGACAGCGCGCCAGGACAAAGCAACGGAGCAGGGGAGCCGCAAUGGGAAUGGGAUGGGACAAUCAGGCGUUACUUUCAUAG